AUGGAGAAACAGAAUCCAUUAUUACCUUUUGCUUUUACCAGAGCCAAUAGCUCGGAAAUUCAUCUAGAUACCACGCCUAGAUCUCGUGAAGUCAUUGAUGAAAAUGCUAAAAGUAUCUAUCACACCCGUACUCCUGAUCGAAGAAGACCUUUAAAACCAGGUUUCGUCCCCAAUUUGAAACGUCGUAUGGGUGAAAGUUUCAAUGAGAAAGAUGACAUCAAAAGGAGAGACUACCAUGAUGAUGUUGAACCGGUAGAUUUUGCUCAAGAUAAAAUUAGUGAUUUCAAUUCUGAACCUAUAGAUAGUGAAGAACCCACAAUGAUAGAUAGCGAUUUCAAGAUCCCCCACGAUAAAGAGAACUUCGUUCCUCCCAGUUCACCACCAAUUCAUUUGAAUUCAGAUUAUGACGUGAGUAAUUAUUCCAUACCUUUCUCCCCUAGUCAACAUGUUAGUGAGACAGGUUAUUCACCUAGUAAGAUAAGGAUGAGUCAAAGAAGUAUUCAACUAGAAAGUGAGACUGAUUUUGGUAUUGAUAAGUUCAAUAGAUUUAGACCCAAUGGUAAUGACUGUCCCUCAACUGACCAUGACAUAGAUCAUGAGAAUCAUAUACAGAAACAAAAUAAUGUUAGAGCCAGAGAUAUUGUUAUUGAAGCCUUCGAAGAAAUGCAAACCAGUAUUAAUUUAGAAGGUUUAGGAUUAACCGAAAUUCCUCAUGAGAUCAAGGAUCUUAAUAAUUUGGUGGUAUUUGAUACUACUCAAACCAUUUACCAAGUAUAUUUAACCAAUAAUAAGAUCAGAUUUUUAACUCCUGCUUUAUUUAAGUUUACAAAAAUGAAUGUUUUGGGAUUACGUAAGAACAAGAUAGUUAAAAUUCCAGCUUUAAUCAAAAAAAUGGUUAAUUUGACGGAUUUAUCUAUUGGAACUAAUCGUUUAACUUACUUACCUCAUCAAAUUUUAAAUUUACCAUCCUUAAGAAAUUUCACUGCGGGCCCCAAUCCAUACCUUACCAUCCCUGAGGGUGCAGUACCUAGAACAUCGACCAAUCAAGAGAAAUGUCUUAGAUAUCGUAGUGGUAUCAAAUAUUUUGAAUACCAUAAUGAAAUAAAAUCCGAAAGUUCCCAAACCAAACUUAUCCCAUCAUUAAAAUCCAUUUGUUUGGCUCAAAUUGCCAAAUAUGACGUAUCAUAUCAAGAAACCAAAGAAUGGAAACACAACACUCCAAAGUUGUUCCACAAUUUGAUAAUUCAAGCUAUUCAUCAAGGUAAUUUUGAAGAAACUUGCUUUGAAUGUGAUAGAGUUAUAGUAGAACCAGCAGCUGAAGUUAUCGAAUGGUGGAAUUUCCUUCAAAACAAAGAUAUACCGUUCAAGAAAGAAUUUUGUUCGGGAAUGUGUGCUAAGAGAUAUAGUGAAAAAAUUGAUGAUUUAUGA